UUAACCUUAACCUUAAUCUUCACACACAUUAACCUCUCUUGUCUGUCUCACUUUCUUACCUAUUCAACUUUCUCUCUCUUCAAUUUUCUCUCUCCUCCACAAUCUCUUCCAAUUCUGGUUUCUCUUUCACUCCCUCCCUCUUCUUCUUCUUCUUCCCCUCCCCCCUCUCUCUCUCUCUCACACACACACACACACAGAGUACUGUGAUCACCUUCAUUCAACAAAACCCUAAUUUCAACUUUUAAGGGAAAUUUUGAAAAGAGGAAAAAAUUUCAUUUUUUCUUCUUUCAAUUUCAAUUUUGUGAAAACUUGUGAUUUAAGGGAUUAUUCAGGAUUGGUAUAUAUGUCCUACAAUCAAUCAAAAACGGAAAAGAACGACGCCUUUUAUCGAAAAUCUGGGCGAUCGUCUAGCUUUAAUCAGCAGAGAGGUCCCUCAGGUGGUCAUGGAAGGGGCAGCGGUGGCCAGGCACCGGCUUCGUCACUUAACUCUAAUAGGAGUUUUAGCAAGAAGUCUAAUAAUGCACAAGGUGGGCAAUAUCGGGUGAACCCUUCACCCGUGAAUUCAACUGAGCCAAACAGUACUUAUGCUGCUCGAACCAUACAUAACGGUACUCAUGUACAACCCCAGAUGCAUGGAGCAUCUGAUGGGCCGGUUGCAAAGGCAUCUGAAUCAACAGCUGCACAGAGGAGCCCUAGAGUUGCUCAAAAUGCACCAACCUCUCAACCGCCCCCUGUGAGCUCCGAACCAACCGUUCCUACAAGCCCUGCAAAGGGAGAUACUUCAAAGGCAUUCCCUUUUCAGUUUGGAUCGAUUGUUCCUGGUGUUAUGAAUGGGGUGGCUAUUCCUGCUCGUACAAGCUCAGCUCCUCCUAAUUUAGAUGAGCAGAAGCGUGAUCAGGCUCGUCACGACUCUAUUAAACCUGUUCCUUCAGCGCCAAUCCCUACUGUUCCGAAGCCACAGCAGCCACCUAGGAAUGAUGCAGUUGUAACCGAGAAAACUAAUGCCAGAGAUACUCAUCUGGGGGCUAAGGCUAAAAAGGAUCCCCAGUUGCCAGCUUUGACUCCGGCAAGCCAGAUGCAGAGGCCUUCUGCUGUUCCUGUACCUGGGAUGUCAAUGCCAACACCAUUUCAGCAGUCACAGCAAUCUUUACAGUUUGGUGGUCCUAAUCCACAAAUUCAAUCUCAGGGAAUGUCUUCGACACCCAUGCAUAUUCCUAUGCCAAUGUCUAUACCAAUCGGAAAUGUUGGACAAGUGCAACAGCCGGUUUUUAUUCCUGGUCUUCAGCCUCAUCCAAUGCACUCUCAUGGGAUGAUGCAUCCAAGCCAUAACUUAAGUUUCGCUCAUCAAAUGGGUCAUCAGUUGCCCCAUCAAUUGGGCAACAUGGGCAUUGGCACCGGCCCUCCAUACCCCCAGCAGCAGGGUGGAAAUUUUGCGGGUCCUCGAAAAACUACUACUGUCAAGAUAACUCACCCUGAAACGCAUGAAGAGCUAAGGCUUGAUAAAAGGGCAGAUGGAUAUUCAGAUGGUGGGUCAUCUGGUGCUAGGCCGCAUCCUAAUGUACCUUCUCAAUCCCAUCCUGUUAAAUCCAUUGCUGCUUCUCAGCCUUCGAAUUAUUAUCCUUCCGGCUCAUAUAGUUCCAGUCCUCCCUAUUAUCAACCUCCUGGUUCUCUUCCGUUAACAAGUAGCCAGAUAACUCCCAACACCCAGCCACCGAUAUUUAAUUAUCCUGUGAACAAUGGUCCACAAAAUUUAGCUUUCAUCAAUUCAUCUUCUCUUAGUUCUCUGCCUGUUAAUAAAGUCAGCACUCCUAUUCCUCACAUUGCUGAAGCUCCCACUGCAGAACGUUCUCGUGAAGUGCCUAAAGUGACAUCAUCAGCUUCAACGGGGGUUUCUGUGACUAUUAAACCAAGUGCUGUUUCUGCUGUUACCGACUCAUCAUUGACUAAUUCUAGUAUUUCUGGUGUUCAAAAUCCCGAUACCUCCUCGGAAAUCUCUACACAGCAUUCUAAAUCUUCCGAGGAUUCUUCAAUUUCGAGUUUGCCAAAACAAUCUGCUGCAUCUGUUGUCACUGAUGAGAAGCUUACAGUGCUACCUACGCCAGCUGUGACUGUGGACUCUGUUUCAGUUGUGACUAAUAAUGAAGCCAACACGAGGGAACCUGUUAGUAGGUCCAACUCUGCGAAGGAUAACCAGAAGAAAUCUGGGAAAAUAGGUCAAUCGUCUCAAGAUCAGGUUUCUGUGCAAUCUCCUACAGCGGCUAGUAUGCAGUCUCGAGCUGUUGACAGUAGUAUAUCUGAUACUGGGGUUUCCACACCUGUAGGAAGUGAAACAAACCAUUUUCCUGCAAUUAUCACUGAAGAUCUUCUCACAUCUGAAGGAUCUGUUGCUGAAGUGGCUGAUAGUUUGAGUGAUCAUAAGCAUGAUAAGAUAGACGAAUCAUCCGAAGCAUCAGAUCUGCAGUCUGCUGAUUUACCAGAAGCAAACAAGGAAACCAAUGAUAGUGCGGAGAAUGCAUGCAGUGACUCGAUGUCCCAUUCAGUGUCGGGUACCAAGGAUAGACCAAAUUUAGAACCAAAUAAGGCGAAAACUACAUCUAAAGGGAAGAAGAAAAGAAAAGAGUUUCUCCAGAAAGCAGAUGCUGCUGGGACAACUUCUGAUCUUUAUAAUGCAUAUAAAGGACCUGAGGAAAAGAAAGAAACUGGCUUAAUUUCAGAGAGCUCAGAAAGUGAAUGUACAUCUGAAGGUUUAAAGCAGUUAUCCGCAGAUUCUGCUCAGUUAGAUGCUGCAGUAAGCGAGAAAAGUGGUCAGAAUAAAGCCGAACCUGAUGACUGGGAGGAUGCAGCUGACGUGUCUACACCAAAGCUUGAAGUUGAUGAUAAAUCUCAGCAGGAUUUUGAUGGAAGUGGAAGUACAGAAAAAAAGUACUCGCGUGAUUUUCUUUUGAAAUUCUCAGAGCAAUGCAUUACUCUUCCUGAAGGUUUUGAAAUUACGGCAGACAUAGCUGCGGCUUUGAUGAAUUCCAAUGUUGGUAAUUCUCGUGAUUCACAUCCUAGUCCUGGAAGAACUGUAGACAGGUCAAGGAUGGAACACCGUGGGAAUGUUGUGGCCGAGGAAGACAAAUGGAACAAAGUUUCCAAUGCUUUUCAUUCUGGGCGUGGUUUGGAUGGUAGCGGUGGAUUUCGACAUGGCCAAGGAGGCAAUUUUGGUGUUUUAAGGAAUCCUCGUGGACCGGCACCCAUCCAAUAUGGUGGGGCGAUCCUUUCUGGGCCAAUGCAAUCUGGGGCACAUCAGGGUGGAAUGCAAAGAAAUAGUCCUGACGGGGAGAGGUGGCAACGUUCUACUAGCUUCCAGCAGAGGGGUUUAAUUCCUUCUCCUCAGUCUCCCUUACAGAUGAUGCACAAGGCUGAGAAGAAGUACGAAAUAGGGAAAGUGUCAGAUGCAGAAGAGGCAAAGCAGAGGCAACUGAAAGCUAUCCUGAACAAACUAACUCCUCAAAAUUUCGAUAGACUUUUUGAACAGGUAAAAGCAGUUAAUAUUGACAACGCAAUCACUCUCACUGGUGUCAUCUCACAAAUCUUCGAGAAGGCUCUGAUGGAACCUACCUUCUGUGAAAUGUAUGCCAACUUCUGCUCACAUCUGGCUGCUGAGUUGCCUGAUUUGAGUGUGGACAACGAAAAGAUAACUUUUAAGAGGUUAUUAUUAAACAAAUGCCAGGAGGAAUUUGAGAGGGGUGAAAGAGAACAAGAAGAGGCAAAUAAGGUGGAUGAGGCUGAGGGUGAGGUCAAGCUGUCAAAUGAAGAAAGGGAGCAGAGAAGAACCAAGGCAAGAAGGCGCAUGUUAGGAAACAUCAGAUUGAUUGGAGAACUUUAUAAGAAGAAAAUGUUGACAGAGAGGAUAAUGCACGAGUGCAUAAAGAAGUUACUAGGUCAGUGUCAGGAUCCUGAUGAGGAAGAUGUUGAGGCUCUGUGCAAGCUGAUGAGUACUAUUGGGGAGAUGAUUGACCAUCCCAAAGCUAAAGAACAUAUGGAUGUAUAUUUUGAAAGGUUGAAAAUAUUAUCAAACAACAUGAAUUUAUCUUCUAGGGUAAGAUUUAUGUUGAAGGAUGUAAUUGAUUUGAGAAGGAAUAGAUGGCAAGUAAGGAGAAAAGUUGAUGGUCCAAAGAAGAUUGAGGAGGUACACAGAGAUGCCGUGCAAGAAAGGCAGGCUCAAGCACAAGUUGGUAGGACGGGUCGUGGUAUGGGAAACAAUCAAUCUGCAAGAAGGAACCCCAUGGAUUUUGGUCCUAGAGGAUCACCUAUGUUGUCUCCUCCUUCUCCAAUGGGUGGACCGCGUGGGCUUUCUACUCAAACACGUGGAUAUGGUUUACAAGAUGCUCGUUUUGAAGAAAGGCAAUCUUAUGAGCCUAGGACCUUGCCAAUUAAUUUUCCUCAAAGACCCUUGGGUAAUGAAUCUAUAACAUUGGGACCCCAAGGUGGUCUUGCUAGGGGAAUGUCCAGUAGAGGACCGACAAAUUCAAAUAUGUCAAUACCUGAUGUGCAUUCUGGCCCUGGAGACUCUCACAGAAUGCCUAGCGGUAUUAAUGGUUAUGGCAAUUUAUCUGAACGCACAUCGUAUGGCAAUAGGGAGGAUCUUGCAUCAAGAUAUAUGUCAGACAGACCUUCAAGUCCAGCUGGAUAUGAUCAUUCAAGUGCUGCAUCUCAUAAUAUAAACUAUGGUAACAGAGACUUAAGGAAUGAUGAUCGGAAUCUAAAUAGGCCUGUUGCAACUUCACCUCAUGCUCAGCCGCAAGGGCCAAUUGUCUCUCAAAAUGCUUCUACAGAUGAACAACUACGGGACAUGUCCUUGUCAGCAAUCAGAGAAUACUACAGUGCUAGAGAUGUAAACGAAGUUGCUCAAUGCAUCAAAGAUCUGAACUCUCCAAACUUUCAUCCUUCUAUGGUUUCUCUCUGGGUCACAGACUCAUUUGAGAGAAAGGACGCUGAAAGAGAUCUUUUGGCUAAACUGCUUGUCAAGCUUGGGAAGUCUCAGGAUGGCCUCCUGAGUCCAACUCAGCUUAUCGAAGGGUUCGAGACAGUUCUCAGUACAUUGGAGGAUGCUGUUAAUGAUGCCCCCAAGGCACCGGAGUUUCUUGGCCGUAUUUUUGCAGAACUUAUAACAGAGAGUUUAGUCGGUUUGAACGAGAUUGGGCAGUUAGUACAUGAUGGUGGAGAGGAGCCAGGCAGUCUCCUAGAAUUUGGACUUGCAGCUGAUGUUCUUGGAAGCACAUUGGAGGCAAUAAAGCACGAGAAAGGGGAUGUUGUUCUAAGUGAGAUUCGUACAAGCUCAACCUUGCGGUUGGAGUCUUUCCGACCACCUAAUAAUUCUACUACAUCAAGGAAGUUGGAGCAAUUUAUUUAGAUAACGAUGAUGCUUAAUGUAUGCUUUUUACAUUCAUAUAGGGGGGAAAUGAUUUUGUCUAUGAUUUUGUCUAGUGUUUUUGAGGCUACUCUCAACUUGCAGAGAUGAUUUUCUCAGUGAGAUGGGUGGGUAGAAUGUUAUAAAUUAUGGAAUUUCUUGUUUUAAUAUUAUUUCUCCUACAUCUUCAAUGCAAAUGUAAAAGGUUCAAUUAUUCAUCAGAAUUUUUUAGGCUGAAGUACUAUGUCCUCUUGGUUGUGGCCUUUUAUUUAUUUCUUAGCAGAUAUAAAUGGUUUAAAGAGAAUUUUUUAUGAA